GCCGCGGGUGGAGCUGGAGAUUAUUUUACUUCAGAACUCCCUCACUGUAUUUUGGGAAAUUAUGGAUCGUCACAUCCCCAUGCAUGCAUUACCUGAAGAAAUCCAAAAGAUGUCUCCUGAAGAAAAAGUUUGUAAAUACUGUGGAGUCAGCUAUCUAAUUCUUCAUGAGUUUAAAGCUAUGGAAGAAAAAGUGAAAGCGAUGGAAAAAGAGAUGAAAUUUUAUCAAGGAAGUGUAGACCGUGAAAAGAGACUUCAAGAAAAACUACGGUCUCUUAGCCAAGAUUUUGAACAGUACAAAAUUGAAAAUGAAUCCAAAAGAGAAAGGAUUCAAGAUGUAAACAUGCAGUUAAAAAGUCAACAAAAUGAACUUCAGAGGGUCCAGAAAGAACUGAGUCAUUUGCGAUAUGAAUUAAAAAUUAAGCAGAGACAAUCACAAGUAUUCAGUCAAAAAUUGGUGGAGUACAAAUAUUUCUGGAAUAAGACUCUUUCACUACUUACUUUUACCAAAAGGGAGCUAACCAGUAUUAAAAAUGAAGUAUGUGAUAAUUUUCAAAAUUGGACUUCACUGAAAGGAGAAGUUUUUCUACAAAUUAAAUCCAUAAGUGAAACAGCAUUGACAGAAAUAGAGAUACUAAAGAAAAGUUUGACAGUGUCCCAGAGAAAUAAGACAUGCCUUGAAGAGGAAAUGAAAAAUCUGAAAUUGUUGUCAGAUGCAGCCAUACUGAGGUCUCAGCAGAUUCAGGCAUCCAAACAACAGGAAGUAAACUUGCAAACCAGAUGCCAUGACUUGCAAAAAGAAGUAGUAGAUUUACAAUGUCAAGCAGAGGCACUUGGGCUAAAACUUCAGAAGGCAGUGACCGAGAUCGACGACUGUAAAGAAAAGCUCAGGAAUAAAUCUAAUGAAGCUGAUGACUGCCAAAGAGAACUUAGAAAACUGAAGUUUGAAUCCGUUAUUUCUGAGUCACGGCAUACCAGAUUGCUUAAAGAGAGAGAGGAUUCUUUAAUGGCUUGUCAACAAAUAUAUAAAACUUUACAGGAAGAACUGACUGCAAAAGAAAGGCAAGAAGAAGACAUAAAAAGAAGAAUUAACCUUGCAGAAAAUGAACUACAGAUAACCAAAACUCUUCUGAGUCAGACAAAGGAAGAGGUUGCAACACUGAAAAGUGAAAGGGAAUUAAUGCUGAUUUCACAUCAGAAAAGCAUCGAGCAGCUGCAGGAAACCCUUAGACAGAAGCUGCUGAAUGAUGAUAACUGGAGAGAGAAGAUUGAAGCUGAGCUUUCCAAGGAAAGAGCCCGACAUUUAGUUGAAUUUGAGGAGCAAGCUCUGCUUUUUAAGGAAGAAGCUAAACUGGAACUUGAUAUUGAAAAGGAAAAACACCAAGAAAUAAUCCAAAAGUAUAAGAAAGAACAAGAGGAACUACAAACAAAGAUACCUGACUUAAUCGCAGGCGCUACUAGAGCUCUAAGGCUAGAAGUAGCCACCCUUGAAGAAAAACUCCAUGAAUCUUAUAUCCGAUAUACUGAAGAUUCUGAGUCGAAGGAGAGAGAAAUCGAAAACCUUAAAAAUCUGGUUGCAGACUUUGAAUCCCGUUUGAAGAAGGAAAUUGAUAGUAAUGAUUCUGUGUCAGAGGACUUCAGGAAGGAAAUGAAGCAGAAGUCGGACGAGCUAGAAAGAGUAAUGCUGGCACAAACACAACUGAUACAGCAGUUUAACCAGUCCCAGGAACAGAACACUUUUCUUCAGGAAACAGUGCGUAGGGAAUGUGAAGAACGCUUUGAACUGACAGAGGCUUUGAGUCAAGCCAGAGAACAGCUUCUGGAGCUCAGGAAGCUCAGUGGAAGCUCACCUUUGUCAUCGUGCUCCCCUAACCAGGGCAGCCUAACCUCCUCUGCUGCAGUGGUCAGUAAUCAGGGAGACAGAAGCCGCACAAGACCAAACUCUGGAAAAGGAAUCAAAAUCCCCAGCCUGCACGGAGUAUCAAAACCCACCGCUCCCCCAACCUCAGCUCAGUCCAAGAGGGUCAUUAGCUCAGGUUUGCCCACUCUCCCCCAACCCCAUCCUCCCAGAGGUCGAACAUCUUCAGUAAAUGACACCAGACAAAGACUGGCUGCCAUUCUGCGGAGGAGACUGAGUCAACAGUGA